AUGGAUGUGUCUGUAGACAUUGAGCAAAUGUAGCAGGAAGACCCACAGCUAUUUGAGGAGCUGUCAUUUAAAAAGCGGUGGACUUUCAUGUCCAAGGAUCCAUCAAAAAUACUAAAAAAUCCAAAUGCUGAUAAAUUUGGCUUAUGGAAUUAACUUAAUCAAAUUCCUUAAGAAAAAGUUAAUAGGAUUGUGACUGACAAAGUACUAAAGAUGGAUUAAGAAUCCUGUAAGAUGAUUCUAGAGGGAAUCCUUAAAGAUCAAAAAGAAAAGGAUUAUAAAAUAAAGAUACAGAAAAUGGAUAGAGAAAUGGAGGAGAAAUGUGGUAUCAGGACAAGCUAUUAAAGUGAGAAUAGAAGAACUUAAAAUCAUUCAGCAUUCAAUACAGAGUUUCCUUUGGAUCCUACUGUUUAAGAAAGAAUCAAUCAGUCGCGAAUAUCAAAUGGUUCAUUCAACAUAUUUUCAGGAUUUAGAGAUAUAUAAAACUCAACUUAGCAAGUGCUUAAUAUAGACAAUAAUCAACCAGGGCCUGAUUCCUUCAGAAAUCAAUCUUAGAUUUCAAAACUUACAUAGACAUAAGAGCCCUUUAAAUUGAAGUUUAUCUCACCAAAAGUAUAUGCUACUAAUGAGCAAUAAGACAUUCUAGCUCUUAACAAGCCUGAGUAUCAUUCAAGAGAUUUUUUCGCUAAGCAAGAAUUUAGAGGUCUUUUUCUAGCAGAUAAUCAGGAAGCUAUAGGACAAAAAGCUUUUCAAUGUGUAGAAGAGCUCAAUGAUAAAGUAUUGUCGAAGUUCAAGACGCUAUAAUCUUUUAAUGAGUAAAUAAGGCAGACUAAUAAGACUGAAAUGAGUUUUAUGCAGCAAUAACUUAUGGAAGAUAGUAAGUUAGGCCAGACUCAGGAUACUAAUACUACGAAUAAGACAAGUAAUCUAGUAAAUAAUCUCACUUAAUUGACAAAAGAGUCUAAUUAAGUUUAGACUCACAGGGAAUAGGACUUAACGGGCUUAGAUUCAAACUUGGACAAACUCAGAGCUAAUACAAGCAUGAAUCCGAGAAGAAACCUGUCUACUAUGACAGAGACCGGCAGCAAACUAAUAGAGCUAAACGACUAUAAAUAAGCAUUGAGAAAUUCAAACAAACUUUAAAUCACAGAAGAGGAUGGAAUUACAAGUGCCUAAAAAUCGAUUAACAAAAGCUUCAUUUCAAGUAACUCUAAUCACAUCCGAAAUCAUCCAAAUCCAAGGACAGGAACUUCUACUAUGAACAAGAUGAAGCUUGACCCAAUUAAUUAAAACAAUUAUCACUAGGUGCAAAAUGAUUAUGCGGAAACUCCAAUGGCUGAAAUCGAAAGAUUUGAUAAGAGAUUCUCUAAGAAAGGAAAAAGACAAUUCAAGUAUCCAAAUAUUGAGCUCAAGAAAAUUAGGGACCUUAAUCAUAAAGAGCAGCUAUUAUUGCAAAACUCAAUUUAAGUUCAAUUAAUGAGUUGA